AUGGCAUCAGGAUCGGCUCCUCACAUAUAUUCACUACGUGCUCGGUCUAUUGAUGCAAGAUCAAUUGACUUCGACAUUAUUCGAGGCCGGAUGAGACUGUGCAUCGGAAAGCACAUGAAGCAGUGCGUCCAAGCUGCCCCAUCAACUUUGGACCUAAAAGACCUGAAGUUGAUUGAUUGCGAACAGCGACGAAUCAUACAAGCACUACCAUCAAACAAGUAUUCCGCGCUCAGCUAUGUAUGGGGAACGAACGGAUUCGGCAAUAAUGAUCGAUCUAUCCAUAACAAGCUUCCCACAACCUUGCCGCAGACUAUCGAAGAUGCUUUAAAAGUUACUAAAGAGCUGGAUCUUCGAUACAUUUGGAUAGACAGGUAUUGCAUCAACCAAGAUGACGAUGCUGAGAAACAGAUUCAAAUUCAGCAGAUGGAUCUUAUAUAUCAGAAUGCAUUCAUAACUAUAGUUGCUGCAGCCGGCACCGAUCCACAUUUCGGCUUGCCCGGAAUCGGGACAUCGAGAGAUCUCCAAAAGAAGGCUUGGAUCAAAGGAACUUGCCUUGUAUCAAUUUUUCCGGACCUAAAGGAGACCAUUAAGACCUCUAAAUGGAUACAACGCGCGUGGACUUAUCAAGAGAGCUUCUUCUCCACUCGACGUCUGGUUUUCACAACGAAACAAGUCUACUACGAGUGUCGGGGUGUUGUUGCGUAUGAGACAGUCGACAAUUUCGAAGAGACCACCUAUUCUCAUAUGUUCAACGCAGCCAGCCAUUCUGAGCAUCACCCCUGGAGAAUUUGCCAUCAUUUGAGCGCAUACAGUUGGAGGGAGCUAUCUGUUGAAGCUGAUGCUAUACGCGCUUUUGAAGGGGUAUUCAACAACUUCAAGAGAAAGAGGUUCCCUGUGCGCCAAUUUCUGGGUGUUCCAAUUAUGCCAGCAGUAAUUCGAGGACCAAGCGGGGGACAAAAACCAGCACGACGUAGUAGGAGUGAGGCUUUCGCUGCGGGGCUUUCCUGGAUAAAUUCUGCAUCGAGAACUAGGCGCACACAGUUUACUACAUGGAGCUGGGCGGGAUGGACUGCUCCAUUUGUCUAUAGCAAUUAA